CCUGCUGCUCUUGCUGGUGCUCAGGUUCUAGCCAGCCUAGUUCUCUACUACAGCGAUACCCCUGUGCUUUAUUGGACGACGUGCUUGGACCUGAAACAUGCUGGGAGGCCCCUUUGCUUGAAGAAUCCCCUGCGAACCUCAGGUUCCUCCCUGCCCCUCCCUGCUAGCUUCAGGAGCAGGCUCGUGCGGUAUUUCGUUUGUCUCGUUCACUUGUUUUUUAUACUGUCGCUGCUAGCGCUAAGAGCGCGCAGGGCUUCCUUCUCGUAGUGUCCGCUCGUGCAGAUUCGAAGGGGAAGGCGGAUUUAUUUCAGGCAACCCCGCCCGCGUCGCUAUCUGCGCUGCAAGGGGCACUCUCCCCUCCCUGUUGCGUUCCUCGCUAUCCUCGCCGUCCUCGCCGUCGUCGCCCCUCUCUGGCAUUGGAGUUGCUACGUAACGCGCCUUUCCAAUACUCCAGUAAUUCGUUAGCACUGAAACUACUAAGGAAUCAUUGGUCAGUCCGCCGCGAUUCCCGCUGUGUAGCACUGGUACCUGCAGCGUGCCACGUCAGCAAUGGCGGGGUCAGGGGGAAUCAGCCUGGCGUUCCGGUGGGUGGAAGACGUGGCGUCCCCGUUAUUGUUCACCCUGAUACUAGCGUGGAUGCUCUACUCCGUCAUGCACACUUUAUUCACGUUUAAGAACAGCGAAAUGACUAUAACGAGGAAAAUCGACGAGAAGGGAGAAGGUGAUGGGGAGGAGGAGGAGGAGGACGACGAGGGUUGGAACCAAGUGGAGAUGCAUGAGGCAGAAGACGACAAACCGAGUGAGCCCGGAAGCGACAACGCAUGUGAUGACGCACAUGGUGACACUAACGAGGAUGAUAUUGUCGAAGUGCCCGCUGCUACUCCGCCCCUCUCCAGCGGAAACCUAAACGAGUCGCAAGGGGAGUCACUUGCGCCAGCCCCUGUAAAAGAUUCCUCCGCCACCGACCCUUCCCCAGGACCUUCCACCCCGUCCGCCCCGUCCGCCCGCUCCCCCUCCGCCCUUUCCGCCCCUUCCGCCCUGCCUGCUUCUUCCGCUCCUUAUAACGCGGACAAAGUCGACGCUGGCGAGAGUGACAGCGACGACGACUGGGAGGGCAUCGAGGCGUCGGAGGCGGAGGAUCGAUUCUCGGCGGCCGCAGCUCUGGUGACCACAAUGGCGGCCACUGGGAAUCUCAAGAUUGGAGAGGGGCUGCAGCUGCUGCUGUACGCGCUCUACAAGCAGGCCAGCGACGGGCCCUGUAACGCUAAACAACCAGCAGUUUACAAUUUCAAGGCCCGUGCCAAAUGGGACGCAUGGAAGAAGCUAGGGAGCAUGAGCCAGGACGAGGCCAUGGCGCAGUACGUGGGCAUGGUAGAGCAGAUGAUACCGCCCCCAGAUGAGGGACCGAAGGGCGUUGGGGGUUCAUCCAAAGGAGGGGGGGAGGGAGGGGGAGGGGGAGGGGGAGGGGGAGGGGGGGGGGCAGGGAGGGGUGUGAGUACGAUGUUGAUGGCGGAAGGUGCGGAGGAGAGUGGAGAAGAGGGAGGGAUCGGAGCGACAGCUGCUGAUGGCAGCGCUUCUGGCUUUGGCCGCCUACAUGCACUGGCGAGUGCUGACGUGGAGGACAGUGCAGCAGUGGAGGAGUGGAUAAAGACACAUCCUGAGGCCCUGGAACAGAGAGACAACGAAGGCCGGACGGCGCUACACUGGGCGGCAGACAGAGGCAAGCUGGCCAUGGCACAGAUCUUGCUGACUCAUGGAGCUGACGUGAACCAAACGGACGACGAGGGUCAGACGCCCUUGCACUAUGCAACAGUGUGCGAGCACGAGGCAAUCGCCAGCCUCCUGCUGGAGAGUGGUGCCGAUCCGUGCCGCCCGGACAACGAGGGCACCCGCCCUCGGGACAUUCGCCCAGCCUCGUGGUCUUCCCCGGCUUGGAAUGCGGCAGAUUAAGAUGCGUGGCUGAUUAAGUCGCGCGGCUGCCUUGUGGCCAUUCCCUGCCACCCAGCCUCGUGGUCCGGCCCGGCUUGGAAUGCAGCCGAUUACGACUUGUGGCUGCCUGAUGGCCGAUCUCUGCCGCCCAGUCUCAUGACCAGGCCCGGCUUAGGAUGGGGCUGGCUGAGGCUCGGGAAUAGGGCCGGGAUAUUGUUUGGUUGAUGCUCGGAACUGGCUGCAGUGAUGGCUGUGUUUGUACAUACCGGUGGCAGCAGAGCAGCCAAAACAACCUGAAACGAGUAGAGCAGACUUUUAGAAGAGCGAGGAACGGGUCUGGCACUAUGCGUCCUUUAGAGAAGACAAGACUGGGAAGCAUGAGGAGAGCCACGGGUAUCCGCCCUUGGGAGGAGACACUUAGUUGAGGGAUGGGGAUUAGGGUAGUUUGUUCACGGAGUGACAGGUGCGAUGUGUCUGAAUGUGAUGUUCUACAAAUGACGAUGCUGUGCUUAUGUGUGCUGUGAAUAGUGUGCCAAUGUAUGCGAUCCC